CAACAGGCGGCCCGAGCCGGCGGGAAGCUGGAGCGCCGACGGCGUCGGCCUCGGAGGGGUGUGGAGAGGCGAGGCCAGGCAGAGCCCCGCGCAGCCAUGGAGUCUCUCCUGCUGCCGGUGCUGCUGCUGCUGGCGGUAUUGUGGACGCAGGCUGCCGCCCUCAUUAACCUCAAGUACUCAGUAGAAGAGGAGCAGCGCGCCGGGACGGUGAUUGCCAAUGUGGCCAAGGACGCACGAGAGGCAGGCUUCGCGCUGGACCCCCGGCAGGCCUCCGCGUUCCGUGUGGUGUCCAACUCCGCUCCGCACCUAGUAGACAUCAAUCCGAGUUCUGGCUUGCUGGUCACCAAGCAGAAGAUCGACCGCGAUCUGCUGUGCCGCCAGAGCCCCAAGUGCAUCAUCUCGCUCGAGGUCAUGUCCAGUUCAAUGGAGAUCUGCGUGAUUAAGGUGGAGAUCAAGGACCUGAACGACAAUGCGCCCAGUUUCCCAGCGGCACAGAUUGAGCUAGAGAUCUCGGAAGCAGCCAGCCCCGGCACGCGCAUCCCGCUGGACAGCGCCUACGACCCGGACUCAGGCAGCUUUGGUGUGCAGACUUACGAGCUCACGCCCAACGAGCUGUUCGGCCUGGAGAUCAAGACGCGAGGCGAUGGCUCACGCUUUGCUGAACUCGUGGUGGAGAAGAGCCUGGACCGAGAGACGCAGUCGCACUACAGCUUUCGCAUCACUGCACUCGACGGCGGUGACCCUCCACACCUGGGUACCGUUGGCCUCAGCAUCAAAGUAACCGACUCCAAUGACAACAACCCAGUCUUUGGCGAGUCCACCUACUCGGUGAGCGUGCCAGAGAACUCGCCUCCCAACACACCCGUCAUCCGCCUCAACGCCAGCGAUCCAGACGAGGGCACCAACGGCCAGGUGGUCUACUCCUUCUACGGCUAUGUCAACGACCGCACGCGUGAGCUCUUCCAGAUCGACCCGCACAGCGGCCUGGUCACUGUCACCGGUGCCCUAGAUUACGAAGAGGGCCACGUGUAUGAACUGGACGUGCAGGCUAAGGACUUGGGCCCCAACUCUAUCCCGGCACACUGUAAGGUCACCGUCAGUGUGCUGGACACCAAUGACAACCCGCCGGUCAUCAACUUGCUGUCAGUCAAUAGCGAGCUUGUGGAGGUGAGCGAGAGCGCCCCCCCGGGCUACGUGAUCGCCCUAGUGCGGGUGUCUGAUCGCGACUCAGGCCUCAAUGGACGGGUGCAGUGCCGUUUGCUGGGCAAUGUUCCCUUUAGACUGCAGGAAUACGAGAGCUUCUCCACUAUCCUGGUGGACGGGCGGCUGGACCGCGAACAACAUGACCAAUACAACCUCACAAUUCAGGCGCGCGAUGGCGGCGUGCCCAUGCUGCAGAGUGCCAAGUCCUUUACCGUGCGCAUCACUGACGAGAACGACAACCACCCGCACUUUUCCAAGCCCUACUACCAGGUCAUUGUGCAGGAAAACAAUACGCCUGGCGCCUAUCUGCUUUCUGUGUCGGCCCGCGACCCCGACAUGGGUCUCAAUGGCAGUGUCUCCUACCAGAUCGUCCCGUCGCAGGUGCGGGACAUGCCUGUCUUCACUUAUGUCUCUAUCAACCCCAACUCGGGUGACAUCUACGCGCUGCGAUCCUUUAACCAUGAGCAGACCAAGGCGUUCGAAUUCAAGGUGCUGGCCAAGGACGGCGGCCUGCCCUCACUGCAAAGCAACGCCACAGUGCGGGUCAUCAUCCUCGACGUCAACGACAACACCCCGGUCAUCACGGCCCCUCCGCUGAUCAAUGGCACCGCCGAAGUGUACAUCCCCCGCAACUCCGGCAUAGGCUACCUGGUGACCAUUGUUAAGGCAGAAGACUACGACGAAGGUGAAAAUGGCCGAGUCACCUAUGACAUGACCGAGGGCGACCGCGGCUUCUUUGAAAUAGACCAUGUCAAUGGCGAAGUCAGAACCACCCGCACCUUCAAUGAGAACUCCAAAGCUUCCUAUGAGCUUAUCGUCGUGGCCCAUGACCACGGCAAGACGUCUCUUUCUGCUUCUGCGCUCGUCCUAAUCUACCUGUCUCCUGCUCUUGAUGCCCAAGAAUCAAUGGGCUCAGUGAACUUGUCCCUGAUUUUCAUUAUUGCCCUGGGCUCCAUUGCGGGCAUCCUCUUUGUCACUAUGAUCUUCGUGGCCAUUAAGUGCAAGCGAGACAACAAAGAGAUCCGGACCUACAACUGCAGUAAUUGUUUAACCAUCACUUGUCUCCUGGGCUGUUUUAUAAAAGGACAAAACAGCAAGUGUCUGAAUUGCAUCUCGGUUUCUCCUAUUAGCGAGGAGCAAGACAAAAAGGCAGAGGAGAAAGUGAGCCUAAGGGGAAAGAGAAUCGCUGAGUACUCCUAUGGGCAUCAAAAGAAAUCAAGCAAGAAGAAAAAAAUCAGUAAGAAUGACAUCCGUCUGGUACCCCGGGACGUGGAGGAGACAGACAAGAUGAAUGUUGUCAGUUGCUCCUCCCUGACCUCGUCCCUCAACUAUUUCGACUACCACCAGCAGACACUGCCCCUGGGCUGCCGCCGCUCUGAGAGCACUUUCCUGAAUGUGGAGAACCAGAAUACCCGUAACACCAGCGCUAACCACAUCUACCAUCACUCUUUCAACAGCCAGGGCCCCCAGCAGCCCGACCUGAUCAUCAACGGUGUGCCUCUGCCUGAGACUGAAAACUACUCUUUUGACUCCAACUACGUGAACAGCCGAGCCCAUUUAAUCAAGAGCAGCUCCACCUUCAAGGACUUGGAGGGCAACAGCCUGAAGGAUAGUGGCCAUGAGGAGAGUGACCAGACUGACAGCGAGCAUGAUGUCCAGCGGAGCCUGUAUUGUGAUACUGCCGUCAACGAUGUGCUGAACACCAGUGUGACUUCCAUGGGAUCCCAGAUGCCUGACCAUGAUCAGAAUGAAGGAUUUCAUUGCAGGGAAGAAUGCCGGAUUCUUGGCCACUCUGACAGGUGCUGGAUGCCCCGCAACCCGAUGCCGACCCGCUCCAAGUCUCCUGAGCAUGUGAGAAACAUCAUCGCGCUGUCCAUUGAAGCUGCUGCUGCUGAUGUUGAGGCUUAUGACGACUGCGGCCCCACCAAACGGACUUUCGCAACCUUUGGGAAAGAUGUCAGCGACCACCCGGCUGAGGAGAGGCCCACCCUGAAAGGCAAGAGGACUGUCGAUGUGACCAUCUGCAGCCCCAAGGUCAACAGCGCUAUCCGGGAGGCCGGCAAUGGCUGUGAGGCCAUUAGCCCUGUCACCUCCCCCCUCCACCUGAAGAGCCCUCUGCCCACCAAGCCUUCCGUGUCUUACACCAUUGCCCUGGCUCCUCCGGCGCGUGAUCUGGAGCAGUAUGUCACCAACGUCAACAAUGGCCCUUCUCGUCCCUCUGAAGCUGAGCCCCGUGGAGCUGACAGCGAGAAAGUCAUGCAUGAGGUCAAGCCCAUUCUGAAGGAGGGUCGCGACAAAGAGUCCCCUGUCGUGAAGCGUCUGAAGGAUAUCGUUCUCUAAACCAGUUCCGGGGAAGAAGAGAGAGAAACCACGCUGGCUUGCGAAGAAGCAGGAGCUGCUCAUUUUAAUUGCUCACCAAUGGUUGGUUCUUGAGUGGCUGUAUUUCAGAGCUUUCUCUAAAUGUAUUGUUUAUAAAUGACUAUCAUUCUGUGACAAUCCCUCUCGUUUCAACAGGCAGCAGGGGUGUUCAGUUGGAGCAAAUUAGCUUUGGCUUGAGUUGUUCAUGGGGCCUUGAUGUUGGGG